GAAUUGCGAGCUACUGGAACCUUGUUAAAGGUCAUUACUACAUGAGAUCAAGGCUUAUCAGCGACCUGCAUUCGAGGACCAAACUAUGAUAGAGUCUUCAGCCAAAGGUGUUUGGGAUAAUUGAUAUUCAAUACACCCAAUUCCUUCCAUCUCGCCCCGUCGUUUCCAUUUUUAUCCAGCUGCCAGACUCUACUUGCUGCUGUGAGCCAGAGUAUCAGUCAUGUGAUCGUGGCAUACAUCCCAACGCGUCCUGAUCAGAACACCCAUCUACAUCCUUCAACUAGGCUCGACGGGCCCAACUCGUCCCAUUCCCUCUGACAUCUUGUCACGAGGCGCAGAAACAGAGCAGGCUCAAUCGGCUCUCUCUCGAUCAAGCUCGCCCGGAAAUGAAAUAAAGUGAGUGGGGGCUCACUCGCCUUGCUUCCGUCUCCACCACUCCCCGAUCGCAUGCGCACCUUCGUGUCAGCAAUGGAUCUCCCUCCCGCGGGUUAUCACGGCCACACCAGUACGUCGCGUCCCGCUCCCCCGUUCGACGGCAUCACCGAUGUGAAUAUCGUACCGGCAGAUGAAUAUCCAGCCGAUGUAGAGGCCCUCGCGCUCGCGCUCUCCGCCGCACUCAUUCCGUGCACGUUCCUCACUUGCGUGGGUCUCGCUGGGCUGGGAGCACCGGUAAUCGUGGCGGCAUCGGCCACGGGCUUCAUAGCCUCACCGCCAUCUCUCGUUCUGGCUUCGUCGACCCUGGGUGCUGUAUCCGUUGCUGUGGUCCCGCUCCUUUUCCGCGGCCGCCGCCGCCGAGACGGAUCGCAAAGCCGGGGGGCAGCCGCUGCUCUGUCGGCGGAGAAGCGUAGGGCAGGGACCUACGAGUUGCGCGCGGCGUGAGGUCGCGGCGGAGGAAUGAAUCAUCUAUUAGAUGAAUCGCGAUACUGUAGUCUUUUUUUAAUAGGCCUUCACGGCACGCCCUUAUCUGUAUGAUCCUUCCGUGUUUCUAGGGACAGCAAGAGAGAACAUCGCUGCAGGUGUCUCGCAGAAGCUGGUUGGGUGUCUGUCGGACGCGCUGACUCGCUGUGUGAUCAUCAUCAUGCACGAGCGAUCUCGCUCGCGCUGCGAAACUCCCUUGAUUCGGUUUUGUUUACAGCAGCAGCUGCCAUCUUUG